AUGGAUGCACAGAGGGAGCCCAGAGAUGCGCAGAAGAGAAUCUCGUUUGGGUCCUGUCAAGAGCGGAAAACAUUUCCUCUCCACCAUGCCCCAGACAGGUUGGGGAUCCAGCUAGGAGCCAUCAAGGGAAACCCCUUCCUUGGGCCAGGCUGUUACCAGAGUCAAGAGGCAAGCAGCCUCAGAUACUCAUGGGGAAAAAAAACACUGAGCACAAAAGGCUACGUGAUAGGAGCUAGAACAGCCCAGCGAUUCAUAUCAGAGCCACAGACUGUGACUCCCGGCCCAGGAAUGUACCAGUCAUUCUGGAAUAAAGACCGAAAAUGCCAGCCUUCCUGUGCUCCAUUUUCCACUAAGACAUCACGAUUUCCAGAUAAGCCUUCAAAUAAAGAACUUUUCCCUGGACCUGGAACUUAUGACACAGACAAGCAGUUACACAAGAAGAUCACUUGGCCGAUGAAGUUUGGGUCUCCAGACUGGUCUUUAGUGCCAAUGCCAGCAAAGAGGAUGCUAAAAACAGAGGUACAAAAGCUGAUGGUGGACAGAGAAUUCAUCAAGCAUCGGAACCGCGUGGCCUACCUGAGUUUGUAUGAGAGCUGAGCUGAGGAGCAGCCAUGUUACAUCCAGCAGGGC